UCACAUACAAGCUCUUCAUGGCCUCGGACCCUCAUAACUGUGAGACCAGCUCUUCCCCUACAUUCUGCUACGACAGCUUCACUCAUUGGAGGAGGGUCUUCUGCUGGUGCACAUUGACACAUGGGCAAAAUCAACAACUGCAGCUGCUAAUGACUGCUGAAUUCACUCUUGUAUCAGUUGCCUAGUUUCUGAGCUCACUGUAGACUUCUUGCUGAAGUGACAUAUGAGUACACCUGCAGUACAGAAUGGCGUCAGCUGCUAAUGAUGAUUGCACUCCCAAAUGAAUGAACACUGGGUAAGGACCAAUCACCAUGCAGCAUAUGAUUCAGGUGUGGUUUGGAGAUGACCCCCCUUUAAGUCCACGAAGUCCACUGACUCCACGGCAUGGCCCAGGGUUAGCAGAUGUCCUGCUUUAUGACCAGUGGAUAUCAGUCCGACAUGAAGCAACUCUGGUUCCUAUGCAGGAAGACCUGUCAAUCUGGCUAUCCAGCUUGUUGGGUAUAGAACUUACAGCUGAACAGUUGUUGGAAGAAAUUGAUAAUGGUGUAUUACUGUGCAUGUUGAUUGAAGUAAUUCAAAAUACAGUUAAAAAUUGUUGUGAUCCAAGUGAUUUAAGGAAUUUUCCUUUGAGAAAAGUCCCCUGUAAGAAGGAUGCACCUUCUGGAUCCUUUUUUGCUAGAGAUAACACUGCCAACUUUCUCAAUUGGUGUAAAUGCAUUGGGGUGGAUGAGACUUACCUCUUUGAAUCUGAAGGCUUAGUCCUGCAUAAGGAUCCAAGACAGGUGUAUCUCUGUCUAUUAGAAAUUGGUCGCAUUGCAUCAAGAUAUGGAGUAGAACCUCCUGUACUAGUAAAACUGGAGAAAGAAAUUGAAUUGGAAGAGACUCUCCUCAUGUCUUCUGAUCCUGUAGCUUCUGUCAUCACUCCCAAAUCAUGUUGUCAGCAUGGAGAGUUACAUGAAGCGGUUAAGCACAUUGCGGAAGAUCCUCCUUGCAGUUGCUCUCAUAGAUUUUCAAUUGAGUAUUUAUCUGAAGGACGCUAUAGAUUGGGAGACAGAAUACUCUUCAUUCGAAUGUUACACGGCAAGCACGUGAUGGUACGUGUUGGUGGAGGCUGGGAUACUCUUCAAGGCUUCCUACUUAAGUAUGACCCUUGUCGAGUGCUGCAGUUUGCAACAUUGGAGCAAAAAAUCUUAGCAUUUCAAAAAGGUACAUCUAGUGAGAUGGUUCCUGAUUGUUCCAGAACCCCACAACCGCCUCUCAUGAAUCCUAUAUCAGCUGUUGAUACAUAUCAGAAGCAAAAUUCAAAGCCUUCUACUCCUGUUUCAGUUCCAAAGAACUCUCCCAUACCUAGGAGGAAGCAGGCAGUGUCUAAAUGUCCAAAAUCAGCUGCUCUUUCUUCCUCAAAAGCAAUAGCGCACACACCUUCUUCAAUCAAAUAUGCAUUGGGCCAUCCCCAAUCAAAAGGGCCUUCAGAAAAUAGCCAGCCAUCUUCUAAAUCUUCCACCACUGCUUUUAAAAAGCCAUCAUCUCCUGCUCAUAAAUCAGCAUGUACGUCAAAAGUUAUACAACCUACAAAUAAAGGUGCUUCAUCUGCCUUACUAAAAACUGCUACAAUUUCGUCAGAAUUGCUUUCAAAGCGUAUUUUGUCAUCAGUCAAACCUGCACAUCCCCGGAAUUCUCCAACCGCAUCUCAUCCUGUUCUUCCUUGUUCAGCAAGUAAACUUUCUGAGCUUCCUGGGACAACUAAAAAAGGGACCUCCAAACAAGAGUAUGUUUCUUCUAAUAGCAAAGUUGGGCAAAGUGCCAAGUCCAGGCCACCUCUUACAAAACAUUCAGGAACACAUAACAGAAAUCUUCAAGUUCCUAACCCAACAUGCUCGCAACAGUCUAUUGCAAAAUCUGCUUCUAAAUCUACCUCUCAAACUCUACCAUCACCCAGAGGCAUGCCAGAAACUAAACAAACCAAAAAUAUCAGAACUGCUGCUAGUUCUAAACCACUAGGCUCAGCAUCCUCGCUUACAGCAGAUAAAUCAUCACAGUUGAUAUCUGCUGCAAAAACAAGAGGUAAAACUGCAUCUUCACCUGUAAGCAGUCAGUUUUCAGCCAAUGUACAGGUCCAAAGCAGCAGGGCAAAACCUGAGAUAGGAUCCAGCCCAUCAAAAUGCCCUGAGCGAACUCCACUGUCAGUUGUGCGUCUCCCCCAGACAUCAACUAUAGCCGAGACCAGGAAGAAGACAAUACAGGCUGCCCCCAAAAAUCCGUCAUCAUUUAAAGCCCCGCAGAAGAGUGAUAAAAUCUGUGUUUCAGCUAAUAAAAAUCCUUCUCACAAGGCAAAGGCCCUAAGUACAACUGUUAAAGGAACACCUGGUGGGCUAAAUAGUCCUCCUUUGAAGACUAAACAAGAUGAUAAUUAUUUUGUCAUGACAGGAAAUAAGAAACUCAAGAAGUAAAACACCAGGAAUACUUACUGGCAUUCAUCUGUUCUUAUAGCUGCUUUGUUCAAGUUAACACAAAUGUCAAAUAACACAGUAACUUAAAUGGAAACUUUUAUUUAAAAGGGUAUGAUUUGGGCUGUGUUAGCCAUCACUUGUAAAGGGAGCUUAAAACAUUUUCCAUUUUUCACGUUUCAUACUUAAUGUGAUAAAAUCAUUACAAGAUGGCAUUUUUAUCAGAUUAGUAUGAUAAGUAUUUUUAGACCCAUAUGUUGUUACCUGGUAUGUGCCACUGGAAAUUCAGAGAACAGUAAACUUCUAUGUUAGCAAAUACGAACUUUUUCUACUUAGCAUUUACCUCUAGUAUUUACAGUCGUAAGAGCAAGGGAUUAUUUAUGACAGAUAUUCUCCUAAUGACCUUAAAAAUCCAAAAGUGAAUUUGAGAAUUGGGCCUUACUGUUGUAUUUUUGUUUUAAAUUAGAACUUCUUUAUUGCCAAUUGGUUAGAAAUAUCCAGAUUAGAUUAGUAACAGGCAUGAGAUGGGAUCAGACUGAUCACUCCAGAAUGCAGAUUAUAUUUGACUUUUUAAAACGGUUUUAGUUUUGUAAGGUGAAAGUCCAAUUAAGCUUUCAGUACCACUUAGAUCACUUUGCAAAUCUUUGCCUUAAAUAUGACUAACCGCUGUAGUGCCUUAACAACAUGAUGUGCACUUUUUGUUUUAAUCACAGGAUGCUAUUAUAAUUAUUUUGAUCCAAGUGUAUAUUUGGCUUCCUAAUAUCAAUUGAGGUUGAGCCAUGCUGAGAUCUGCUGAGUUUAAGCACAUGAAACUAGGCAUGUUGCGCAAAACUUGUUCAAUAAACACUGAUUUUGUGUGAUUCUUCAUUUCAGACAGAGAUUAUACUGCCACAGCACUUGGUAGACUGCAUGCUUACAUUGCAAUAGCCAAACUACCUUUAUACAAUAAGUAAUAUUCCGUCUGUAAUAUUCUGAGCAAUAUGCUUGUGUGUGCGAAGAGAGCUUCCUUCCAAUCUCACUUAUAUUUAUAGGCACAGUUUAAAUGCCUUUCAAAUAAGCUGCUGAUUAUUAUUUUUAUAUGUGGGUAUCACAAUAUUUUAAGGCCACUUUUUAAUGCAAUCCUUGCUGCAUUGAUAUUUUCACUACUGGUGCAGCCUGCCCUAUUUAAAUAACGUGCUGGGUGUGAGGCCUGGUUUUCACCUGCUGGAGAAUGAGGUGUCAGAACAGAAGUGGUUGAAAGGACUGCACCACUUCAGAAUGCGGGUGUAGAGUCACGUUUUGUGGAAUGCUCCCCUUUUAAUCCUCUGCGAACAGAAAAUGACCAUAACAAAUAAACUGAAGAGGUCGAAAUGUUCUUCCUGCUGUUUUACUGUUCUUUUUGAAUGGAGUUUUUCUUGUGAAGGAUCAUUCAAAGCUAGAAUUUAUCAUCUUAAAUCAUCUGAUCCAUUUUCAUGCAAGCAAGGAAAAAAAAUCCUCUUUGCUGAGUAAAAUUUUGGUUUCUGCCAAAAACGAUGGAUUGAUCACAAUGGUUGAUUAAACCUAAAAUGUUCACAUUCAUGCCUCCCCAAAUAUGCUCUCGUUGCACUUCCAAAGGUUACAUAAACCUGACUAGUUGUGCUAGAAUGUGGCUGUAGGUAUGCUUUUGAAUGCAUCUUGAGAUAUAGCACAAAUAGAAUCUCCAGUCCAGUGUCUUAUUUUACCAAUACACAACAAAUUUGUAUCCAUCAUUUCCAAUUCAACAAGUCCUCAAACCAGACACCCAUCCAAACUUGGCAGCAGUAGGCCCUGCCACUUCUAGGGAGGCUUCCCAGUUCCAUGGGGAGGCUGGAACAGUUAAAAAAAGUUUCCCUAUCACCAAGAAGCCCCCCUGGGGUGAAUGGACUUAGGCCACCUUUCUGGCCCAGACUGCUGCUGUAAUGCCAGCAAAGACUGGAGGGAGCUGACUGUGCUUCUCCCCGGCUAUAGCCCUGGCCAGCUGACUGUGUCCAGCACCAUGUCCCAGUGCUGGGGAGGGCUGCGUUGGUCGCAUUCCAGCAAAAUCAUCCUACCAGGGCAAGUGCCCCAGGGAGAGUGAAUUUGUCAGUGCAGCCCUGUGCCACUUCCACAAGUGGAUUUGAUGGGAUCCCCUGUUUGGAUGUAGUUGUUAGUUGGAUCCAAUCAAGUUUUAUAAAGGGCCCUUGGCUGGGGUAGAAAAUAAAUGUACCUGGAAGUAUAACGUAUUUGUCUGAAAACUGCCCUGAAGAGAUAUUCACAAGAAUCAAAUAUAGAAUGGCAAUUUAAUCAUUCAGUUCUGCACAUUGUUUCAGUUAUCUAUAGACUUGAAAAUACUACUUUUGUAACCUAUGAGACAUGGAGCUACUAACUAUGGUAAUACAGAAGACUACUGUUGCACUUGGAUAGUUAAUUUAUACUUAAGAAUGUAGAUUUUUCCAGCUGCUUAAUCCACAGGAUUGUCUGUCUUGGUGUCUCUUAGUCUCUAUAGACAUUAAUCUGCUUUUUUUAAUAUAUGGGGAAACUAUUAAUUUCUGAAAAGAUUUGUGUGCACAGAAUGGAUAUGAUGUGCUUUGUAACUUGCUGUCCAUGCAGCUUAGUCAAACCAGUUAUGAGGUUUAAGAUCUUUCUGUGCUCAAGAAACUUGUGUCUGAAAAUAGAAGCAGAGCAAGCCAAGCCCUUAUGGCCUACAACAGAUAUGUAGAGUUUCGAUACAAUUGGACCUGUGCAUAUUCUUCAUUGGAGGAUGUGGUUGUUCACAUGUGUCCAAAGCCAAAGGGCAUGAGCCACAAACCAAGAGCCCUUUGAAUCUUGCCCUUCAGUCCACACCCCUCAUUCCCCUUGGCACCCAAGAUAUAUACCUGACACAGGAAGCGUAAACAAAAGCACAACUAAGAAAUUGUGGCUGGCAUCAACAUUCUUCCCUGUUCGCAAGACAGCACAGAGUAUUUCUACUGAUACACUUUCAGAGCUAAAUUAAAUCAUACUUUUUAAAAGUAUAUUUAAAUGCUGUGUGUUGCUGCAGCUGUUGUGCUGUUGCUUCCACAAGUGAAACUAUGCCAACUAUUUCUUUUUUGCCUCCACAUUACUAAAUCUGACACUUUAUUUUCACAGCACUCCUUGUUAUUUGUUCACUGCACAGCGCAGUUGUAAAUCUUACAGAAUCUACCUGUAGAAGAUCUAAUACUUAUUCAAAUUCUUACAGAUGCAAUUAAUAUGACCACCUCUAUAGACUUCUGUACCUGGUUGACUGCUCAGAUUGGUGAAAGCUCAUGGCUUCAUCAGUCUUACAGAGUUUAUUUUUCAGCCUACUCUUUCUAUUCUUCCAAAACUGGCCUUUUCUGCCAGUGAAAAUAUUGUGAUUGGCUUAUAGUUGCAGAUUUGAUUUUGUCAAUCUAAAAGUUACGCCAGUUACUUACUACAAAGGUCUGCAUUUUACUCCUUUUUUCCCUCCCUCACCAGCAAUUCCCACUCUCUUGCAUUGGUUACAUGGUCAACAUAUUCUUGACAUGUUCUUUAUUUAAAUGGCCACGGGUGGCUUUUUUGAGACACCCCCCUCUCCACAAGCAGUAUACUUUCUGGGAUGUCUUGUAUAGCAUGCACUGCUGGGACUUCCAAUGUUGGUUUGGUCUUCAUUCUCGCCCCACAAGUUCAGUAGUCUUUCUCCUGAUGCCUGAUUAUUCAAGUAGCCUGUUUUUCCAGUUUGCAGCAAUCUGCUUGGUGCACAAGUGGGUUUGCUGAAUCAAGGCAGAUAAGUUUUAGAUUUGUUCAUGUUACACUAAAGAGGCUCCUGCUUGUUUAGUAUUUAAAAUAAGUUUAUACUGUUUCUGCAACAACACGCUUGAGGCAGAUCAUGGAAAUAAAUUAUCUUCCAUGCAAAGACAAUUCAGUGCAAGUCUGUUACAGAUAAGGAGUGUUAAUUAGUGGUUUGUAACAUCACUUCCGGAUGGAAUAACCUUAUAAGCCACUGGAACUUAUUGAAGAUGUUUCUGUAUCUAGCGGAGGGUGGUGACAUCAACAUGGGGACACAUGGUGCUUUAUCCUAUAUUUUCCUCAGCAUUAUUUCAAAAUCACUUAAUAGUGAUUGGAGAUGUCACAUCCAACCCACUAAAGGUUGACAAGACAGCUGGUCGAAAAACUGUCCUCCACCCUCAAGGCCAACAUACAUAACUUCAUUAAAACCAAGUAAAUUUGAUUUAGGGUUGGGUUUUUAUUUUCAGCUACUUUUGAAUUUCUGUUUAGGAAUGUCUGUAAAAGAGGCUUUCCUUGUAAACCUCUUCCAGGUGCUAGUUUAAGCAACUGUAUCCAUGUUUUGAGGAUCAGAUUCAUCUGUAUUUUUACCCAUUCACAGUCAAAUCAAAGGGGGGGGGGUGUCUUUAAGAAAAACAGUCCACAAGCCAAGGAAGCAAAGACAUGCCCAUCUAUCAAUCUACCACACAGGUAAAGCUCUAACACUUCUAAAAUGAUUUACUUCUAGUAUUGGAUCUGGGCUGAAAGAAAUGUAAGCUGUGGAGCAGGUGAGGAGAGGUGGGGAUGGGGGAAGGUUUAGGUUCUCCCUUGCUAAUGUGCUUUGUCAUAACCUCUACUUUAUUCUUGCAACGAUUAAUUUAAGUAUAAUUACAUGUGAGUGCCUCCAUCACAUUUGGUUGCCCUGUAAAAGAUUGUGGAGUAACGCCUCGGUUUGUAUUUAGUCAGUUUCUAGUAGUGACCAAUGAACUUGUCAGCUAUGUGCUGUAGUGGCCUAGAACUCUCCAAAAUUAAUAAGGCAAUUCUGAAAAAGCACUCGGAAGGCAAGUAAACAAAUGAUAUAAUAAACUGACAAACUACUGUAAACAUAAUAACUAAGCAGAAAAAAAUUAAUCCUUUAAAAACAUGCAGAAUAUCUGUUGGUAUUGAAUCUAUAUACAAAAAUGUCAAGUUCUGAAUAUUUACGUCCUGUUUUUGUUCUAUGCCCAGUUGCUGGUUUUAAGCAAUAAAAUCCGUUAUACCACAA